AUGACAUGCAAAUGGUUCUGUUGGUUGUGCAGACGAUACUCGCUUGGUGUGGUUUUUGUGGAAGAUUUCGCAUCUGCACACCACGCCAGCGACGCGAUUCGUGAGCUACAUUCGCUGCUUUUGAGGAGUUUGCUGAUUGGCUACCUCUGGACUUCCAAGACGUCGGGCACAGAAAUCGCUGCUGGGUUUAGUGGUGAUGGCGGUGGUAUUUUUGUGACCUCUCAAUUCUGA